UUCCAAAAUCGAAGGCGUCGUUUACAGUUUUUUAUUAAAGUUUCAAAUCCGGUUCGGCCUGGGAUCCAGUCGGAUAAAAUAUUGAACCGAGAUGGAAUCGGAAUUAAACAGAUAUUUUUUUAAAUCUGUAUCAAAUAUUUUAUAAAAUGCAUUAAACUAAUAUCUUUUAAUUUUCACUAAAAUUUUAAAUUCAUUAAAAUUAACCAAAAUUUUAUAAAUCAUGCCUGUGUUAAGAAGAUUAAAGAAAUGGCAAGAGAUUAGCUUCUUUUUUUUUUUCUGUUUUGAGAGGUAAGCCCUUUAAGAAAUAUUCAAAUCACCGACAGAAAUCAUAUAUAUAUCUUUGGAAUGCGGUUGCGUGUGACAUUGCAGCUUGUCUAUUAGUUUAAUAACGUAAGCAAGCAUCGAACUGAGCACCUAUUAGGACCGCAGCAACUCUAGCUUCAUCACCUGGAACUCAGUGAGGAUUGCUGACUUGGCCAGAUAAUAGCGGGAAGAUCGGCUGUUACUAGUUUCUAGUGUAAUGGAUGGCUGUUUUGCAUCAGUUGAAUUGUGUUUGUAUAUACAUUGCUCAUUGCUAUUCUAUACAUUUUAAAGCAGAAUCUGUCUCUCUAUCUUCUUCUUCUCUGAUCUCUUCUUCUUAACCUCCAAUGGUUGUGACUUUUAGUCAUAACCGCAACUAGAUACUCCUAUAGACUCCUAAGGUUCUAUUCAAGAUUGUUGUUGUUUUUAUUAUUAUUAUUGCUUUUGUUUCUUAUGGAUCCAUCAAGAAUUUCCAUCCGCCCGUUCAAGCUUUCUGAUGUUGAUGAUUACUUGAAAUGGGUUAGCGAUGAUAGAGUGGCCAAGAACGUAAGAUGGGGUGCCAUUACCUCUAGGGAGGAAGCACUUUUACAUCUUGAGAGGGCAGUCAUACCCCAUCCAUGGCAUCUUUCCAUUUGUUUGGAUGAUCGUUCAAUCGGAUAUAUUGCCGUUUGGCAAGGAACAUUGGACUAUGAGAAAUGCAGAGCUCACAUUGGAUAUGCCAUUGGUGUAGAGCACUGGGGACAAGGGAUAGCGACAGUCGCAUUGAAGAUGGCAAUGUCUAGAGUGUUUAAAGAUUUGCCUAACUUGGUCAGGCUGGAAGCUUAUACAUUGGUAGACAACAAAAAAUCACAAAGGGUGCUAGAGAAAGUUGGAUUCUUGAAAGAAGGUCUGUUGAGGAAAGUGUUUCAUUAUCAAGGCGAAGUCAGAGAUUUUCUUGUUUGUAGUUUCUUGUCAACAGACAAGAUUUUGUAAUCCAAAUGGUUGUUGGCAAUUUUGUUUUCUGCCAUGUUUUCAAUAAUUAUGGCUUCUUUCUCCUUUUCUUUUUCAUUUGUAUAUGCUAAGAAUGCAAUUUGAUGAUCAAUCCAAAAGGAAAAACAUAAUAUUCAAAUCACCUAGACUAAUUUCUUGCCUUUUUUCAA